UGCAUGUUCGACAUAAGUGCAUUUCUUAUUUGCUUACCAGGCGGUAUAUCUCGCUCGCUAGCUAGAAUCCCUUGGGGGGCUUGUGGGACAACUUUGUCAAAGGAACAGGUUUUAAAUUCGCCAAACCCAGCGACCCGUGUGCUCCAAACUUUGAAAACAGGUUCGGGAAAAGGUGGGAGAGCACGCACCAUGUUCCGGUCCGCAUUUUGUGUUGACUCAUUGGCACUACCAGCGAUGAUCGCCAACAGAGCUCAGAACACUGGAUUUGGUUGCCAAAAACUUGCGCUUCCGGUUUCGGCACACUAGCCAGGAAAAGCCCAAACAGCAGAGUGCCCAUUUUCGCACAAGCGCCAUUUUUGUUGCCAAUUUGGCAGAAUUUACGCCACUUCCCCGGUGCCAUCGACCUGGCAAAGAAUGUUUCGCCAAUUUUUUUUUGUGUUCCCACUUCCCUCCAUUCUGGGUGCGUUUUCGUUCAACGGCUCCAGCAGCACAGGAAGGUUUAGUGUGAGACAAGCAAAAAAUUAAAAAAAAAACUAAUGCGUACAGGAAAAGUAGGAAGUAAAAGAAGCACACACACAGCCCAUUCGUAGAAUGGCAAACGAAUCUAGUUAGCUUGCCCGAGCACCGGCCGAAAAAAAGCUAACUCUUUGCCUUUACAUACACACACGCACACACACACACACACCAAGGCACACAUACACAUACACCAGCCGAGUACAUGAAUUUGCUAUUCGGCUUCCUUUCCUCGCCUCCCAACAACUUCCUUUUUGGCCACGUGUUCUUCUUUUCGAUUCACGCAUUAAAAAGUGCGUUUCACUAUGUGCAAGAAAGAUGCGUGGAGUGGACGUGGUUGGUGGACGGGAAAGGUGUGUGUGUGUGUGUGUCGUUGCUAGGCUAAUGAAGAGAAAGAGCAAAAAAAAACUGCGUACGCAAGGGGAUGAUGUUGCGGGGGGGGAGAUGGGAAAGAAAUUUAAGCCAGCAAAAAGUCAAAAUAACCAACCCCGCGCGACUAAUGGCGGCAUGGAGGGUGCAUGAAGCGGGUAGGUGGUAUGGUUUGGGGAGGUUCUAACGAAUGAUCGUGAACGCAAACGCAGCGCGCAGCGCUUCCGAUGGUCGCGAGUUGUUGUUUUGUGGUUGUUGUGUUUUUUUUUUCCUUUCGUUCAGUUCGUGGUUCGCUGGCCCUCGCAAGUUCGUUCAUUUUUUUUUUGCACCCCACCGUGGUUUUGUACUGUGCUCGAGUAUUUGUAUGUAAAGUCAGCGAAAAGAGAGCAUCACAGCAAACACUAGUCGAGGGGAGGAGGACGAUGUGACGAGCGCAAACAAAAAAAAAACGGAAAAUACAACUGACAGACACGGACGCGGAGCAGCGAACAAAAACAGACAGAGAGAGAGAGAAGAGAGCAAAAAAGGAACAGCACCAACAGCGAUAGCCGAAGGGAGCGGUCUAGAAGCGUUUGAAAACGGAAGGUGUACGUGACAUUUGCCAAGUCAGCCAGCCAGUAGCACGGGCGGAAGUUUGCGCAGACGACCUUCCCGCGCCACUCCGGAAGUAUGGUCGCGUGUAUGCAGCGACACACAGCAGUGCAGUGCAGUUCCGGUGCAAAGGUGCAAAAGUUCGUAACAUGGUAACAUGAAAGACGUGCGCAAAGCGAAGUAGAUGUAACGACAAAAACAAACGAAAACAAACAAACAAAAGAAAAGCAAAACGAAACAUUAGUGAAAUUAAACAAAAAAAAGGAAACAAACGAAUGCAAAAAAGUGAAGCAAAAGUUGAAAGUGAGAAGAGAAAAAAGUGCAAAAAAGCAAGUAAAACUUUACAAGUUUGUUGCAUUGCAAGUGCAUUACACAGUGAGUGAAAAACUGACCAACGAUCGCAUCGAAGAAAGCAUAACGAAUGUAGCGAAGUAACGAACGCGUUAGAAGAAAAAAGUAACAACAAAACAAAAGUGGCGUAAAAAAAUCGUCGUGCGCGUACCCUAAACAAAAAAACAAGCAAGUUUUCAGUCCCAUCCCUAAAAAAAAGAAGCGAAAAAGCGCCUCACAGUAAAAGUUCUUCACCUCGCACAGCAUUAAUCAAGCAACGCCACCGCCUAGCAACUUCUGGAAAGAAAGUGGCUAGCGAUUACGUGAAUUUUCCACACAUCUUCACAUUUCUGCAAUAACUUUUUCGGACCUAGCUGUGCUUGAGGUUAUCAAAAUUUUUCUCGCCCUUUACCCCCAUUUAAAUCAUCACCCUUCAUCCCCACACACACCAACGCGCGGUUGCUGUAGUACACGAUCUCCAUUCCGAACGCCGUGUGUGUAACGACGAAGACGACGACCCACACGCAUCAACCAAGUGUAGCUGUGUGUAUGUGUGCAGACACACGGUCGUGAUGAGCGUGAACUUUGGUGAGCAGGCGGUUCGUUUUUUGUUGUUCACGAAACGGUUCUGGCAGUGAUUACGGCGACAUAAGGCGAUUUUCCAGGACAACGCUAGAAGCAGACGAUAGCGAACGCGAACGUUCAGCUCUGCCUGCAAUUGCGCGGCAUACACACCGUACAACACCGAUAUACAUCGACCUCUCCCCGCCUCCGGUAGGCGACUCGACUCCAUCACCAUGGGUAGCAGCGAAGGGCAAACGUACUGUCUGCGAUGGAACAACCACAAAUCGAACCUGGUCGAGAUACUCGACGCGCUGAUCAAGAUGGAGUGCUACGUCGACUGCACGAUCUACGUCGACGACCAGGUCCAGUUCAAGGCGCACCGGGUCGUGCUGGCCGCCAACUCGCCCUACUUCCAGUCGAUCCUGCAGGACGUGCCGAUGGAUCACUGCAGCAUCCUGUUCCCGGGCGUGCAGGAGUUCGAGAUGCGCGCACUGCUCGAGUACAUGUACACCGGCGAGGUGAACGUCACCCAAGCACAGAUCCCGCGCAUCAUGAAGAUCGCGGAACAGCUCGAGGUGAAGGGCCUGUACGAUAUGGCGGACCUGAAGGGGCGCUUCAGCAAAAUGGUCGAUGUGGAUCAGCUGAUGCGCGACCGUGACCCGGCCACCACACUGCACGCGAGCAGUAGUAGCAGCAGCAACAACAACUACACCGGCAAGGGUUCGUCGUCUACUGCUACCGGUGCCGCUGCGGGUAGUAGCACAGCCGGUGCUGCUGCAGCAACCGCCACAUCCUCCUCCUGGCGCGACGUACCGCCAACCAGCAGCAGUGGCAGCCAUUACCCCCACUACCAGCACCAGUCGUCGCCGGUCAUUUCCACCUCCACGAACGUGUCACUCGCCCAAAGCAGCAGCUCCUCGCCACCGUACUCGUACAAGUCGCCCUACUCUAGCCUGUACUCCCGCAGCCCCGGCGCGGUGGAGCGUGAUCGCGAGCGGGAAGAGCGUAGCCGCGACCGUUCCGCAUCCUUCUCGCACGCGCCAGCCACGACCUCACCGCCGCCCCAUCGCACCCAGUCCACGUCCGCCGGCUCGUCCGCCUCCUCCGUAUCGGCACAGAUCGCACUGCAGUCGCAGACCGCCAGCAGCAACCACCAGUCGUCCUCGGCCUCCCACCAGUCCGGCAGUUCCGCCUCCUCAGCCUCCGCGCAACCAUCGACCGUGGCGGCGGCUGCCGCCCUGGCCGCCGGUUGGCCCUCCCUCGGCCAGACGCAGCUGCACAGUAUGCUCAGCUCGGCGUACGACUCCAGCACCGACAUGAACCCGCUCAAGCGCAAGAAGCUCCAGUCGAUGUCGAGCAUGCUGCGCGACACACCGAUCCUGCGCAACGUGCUCGCGCAGGCCAACCCGGCCGACUCGUCGCAGGCGGGCGGUGUGCCUGGGGCUGGGACAGCGCAGGCAACCGUGGCCACGAUACAGUCCCAGUACCAGGGCGGCAUGAAGUCGGAUCCGGACCAGCCGAGCAGUCAUCACUCCAACGGCAGUGGUUAUAAGUCAAUCAAGGACCAACCCCACUCACCGUACGCGGACAAAUCGUUCGAUGACGAUCUGCUCGACUCGCCGCACAACUUUGGCGGCGACGCGCGGCUAGCAUCGUACGUGCCGCACCAGCAGCAGAAGCCGGAGUGGAAGCGCUACAAGCAGUACACGCGCACCGACAUCCUGAACGCGAUCGAGUGUGUGCGCAAGGGCAUGAGUGCGCUGCAGGCGUCGCGCAAGUUCGGCGUGCCGUCCCGCACCCUGUACGACAAGGUGAAGAAGCUGGGCAUUACGACGGGCCGGCCGAUCAACCGGGCGCUCAAGCGGUCGCCCAGCUCGGGCGGCAGUCCGGCCUCCUUCCCGUACGGGCUGAGCGGUGCGAGCCACAUGUUCGGCGGGCCGGGCAGCGGUGCGCCCGGCGGGCCCGGUGGCCAUCCGGGCGGCGACCACCACCAGCAGCUCCCGUCCCAGUCGUCCCAGGAGGACGAUGCGGCCGCGGCGGCUGCUGCGGCGGCUGCCGCUGCCGCCGCCGCCAUGGCCCACCAUCACGAGGCGGGCCGCAUGAUCAAGCUCGAGCACGGCAGCCACCACGGGCUGCCGCCGACCAUCCCGCACCCGGCCGCCGCCCUGCUCGAUCCCUCCUUCCUCCAGCAGGCGCUGGAGGCACGCGGCGGCGACAUUGCCGGCCGCGAGGCACUGCACGCGAUGGCGUUCGCGGCGGCCGCUCACGCCGCCGUCAACGGCAUGAGCACGUCCCCGGGUACGCACGGGACGGCCCGCUCGCCGAGCCCGAGCGUGCUGAUGAAGUACAUGCGCUCCGUGUCGAUGAGCUCGCCCGAAGACGAUCGGCACCAUUCGGCGCAGCAGCAGCAGCAGCAGCGGGAAGCACGCGAUCUUGCGGAACGCGAGCGCCGAGAGCAUCACAAUGGGUCGGAACCGGCCUACGCCAGGCGGGACCACCAUCCGAUGGAGCAGGACGACGAACCGGGCAGCGACUGUGGCGAACGGCCACCGAGCGGCGGUCCGGCCGAAGGCCAGGACGAUCACGUGGAGGAUCUGUCCAUGGGCCCGAAGCGGGACUCGGAAGAGCGGGGACCAUCCGUCUCACCACCGCCGGCAGCGGCGGUGUCCGUCGUACGGUCGGCGGUUACACGGUCCCGAUCACCCUCACCUGCACCCUCGCUACCGCAACAACCUCCCCAGCAGCAGCAGCAGCAGGGUGUCAUUGUGCCAGCGCCCGGUAAGUUAAAGGAAGACUACAACAUCACCAUCAAGCGGGAAAUCAUUGCGGACAGCAAUGCGCCCGCAGAAUCGUCGUAGAACGGCGGUAGUCCCAAUUCGCCCGGAGCAGUCUCCUCCAUGUUCGUACUAAACUAAACGUUAAAACCUAAAAACCUUAUUCGCCACUGUGAAGGACAAAACGGUAGAAAACUACUGGAAACGGGUAACUAAGUUCACUGAGUUUUUCCACGCCUUUUUUCCCUCCCCUGCAAGCCCAUGGGGAAGUACAUUAGAGUAGCGUUAGUUGGGCAUUUUGAGUUGGGUCCGUUAAUGGACCCACCAGGUUUUGCAAUAAACCGUAAUUCACAAGCGACGAACCCCCUCCCGGGGAGCCACGUGGCUACGAUUCCAUGCAGGAAGUUGCAAAUGUGUGUCUUGAGAGAGCACGAACGAAAGUUACCUUCAACGACGUCAUAUCGAAACCGAUCCCACCAAUUUCAUUUAGCCGCCUAGAGGACCUGUAGUUUUAGCUAUUUUGCUGCAUGUUUUUUUUUAUCUAUUUUGUUUCGUACACUUAGCAAAGUUUAACAGUAAGCAGUAUCAGUAGUGCACAUUCUACAUCAUGAAAGCCUCACCAUCAAGAGGCAUCCAUUUACAAAUCAGAAUCUCUCUUACUAGCUACGCGCCCUCUCUUCGUACGCAUUCUCUUUGUCGGCUAAAGUUAAACCGAGAACCUUUAUAGACUGAAACGAGUACUCACCGCACAAACCAACAAACAACAAAGAUAACCCAACCCACCAACUCCAACAAAGUAAGAAAAGCUAACCCCUAUCAAUCAGGCAAUAGAUGAUACGUGUUUUGUAUGUAUGUCGUAAGUGUGCGAUUUUCCUUCAAGGCCGCGUUGCCCACACAACGGAAGUGCAAUAGAGAGAAAGAGAGAAAAAAAGGAGGAAAUUGGCGGCGCAGAAACAGCAGUCGUUUGUCGUUAGGCUAGGCUUGAACCCAUCUUAGAUGAUUUUGGGCUUUUACACCUUCUUGUUAAUUGCCUUCUUUAAACCCCUCCUGCCAGGGAUGGGGAAACGCAUUUUGCUUUAAAUGAUUUUUGUUUUGCUCUCGUUUCCAAAUCAUUUGUUUAACUCUCUUUAAGCUGUGCAGCGCGAUAGGUUUUAGCUGUUUUCAUUAAAGCCUAGCUCCCGGCCUAGUUCGUCGUUUCCUUUGCCGCAUCGAAAACCGCAGGCUCUAAAGCCUGUACACCAUCGUUUCUUAAAGUUUUGGCAGUGCAACCCCCCUUCGAAAGUGUUAGCGGGUAAAGUGUUGACGAUAAUAUCCUUAGUGACACACGCGGUAGCUUUAGUGAGCGAAAGCACUACCCUAAUAUUACUACGACUAUCCUGGCGUUAAACAAAACAAGACUAAAAAGGUAAAAUCGCACCUUUUCCUUAACAGCAUAACAAUGAAACAAACAAACACGCGAACGAAUAUUGUUUUAUCAGUAGUUACAUUAGUUGUAAAAAUUAACCAAUAUUGCGUUGGAUGGUAUCGCCAAAUUAUGUACUAUUAGUUGUAAGGUUUUUUUUUCCCCUUUGUUUUAAGCUCUUAUACACCUCCUCUUCUAGCUUUAUAGACGGAUAUCUAUGUUGCCUUUCAAUCGCUAACUGAUUAGCUUCUAUGUGGUUAUUAGUUUAACAUCGUUACAAGACAAGACAAGAACAGUGGGGUUUGGGGAAUGUCGCCUCGCCACCCCCAUAUUAAUUCUACCAUUGAGUGCCUAUAAUUAUGAUGAUUCCUAUAAGCUUAGGAGAGAGUUAAACAAAAACAACACGGUUCCUGCAUUUUAUGUUUAUGUUGUUUCCGUAUGUCUCCGACUUAGGCAUCCGCUCAUCACAACCGAGAUCGAGAUGGGAAGCUAAGGCGGGCGAAGAAAGUACGUUACAUUACGUGGAAAUGUUCUUCAUCAUAUGAGUUUUCCUAUUAGCUAGUUACCAUACGAGUGUAAGGCAAGAUGUAGAUACGAAAUUAGUUACACAUUGUGAAUCGGAAAUGAAAACAAAAAAACGGAUAAGUUUACACGUUUUUACACUGCUUUACCAGGAUGAAGCCAUAUAUCUUACUUUUUUUUACCGUUGCGAUGCCCUAGUGAACAAAGCAAGAAAACAUAUAAACAAGCAAAUCAAACUAUUUAAGGCAUGUAACACAAGUAGUAGUAGUAGUAAUGGUAGUAAAAGUAGAGCAAGUAGUAAUAGUAUACGUAGAAAUAGACAAACAAAAAGUAGCAAUCAAAAAAGAUAAAGUGUAUAAUACACAGCAUGUUGGUGGUUUCCUCAUCGUUAAGAAUGUGGUAGAGAAGUAGUAAAAACAAAAAAAAACAAACACAAAAAGGCUUUGAUGUUAACGUAGCAUUGACUUGUUGAUAAAGAGAAGAGAAGAGAAGAGAAGAAGGAAAUGAAAAAAAAAAACAGCAAAGAAACAAAAAAAAUACGAAAAAACUGAAACAUAUAAAAACAAUGCCAUAUAAACUAUAUAUAAAAAAACAAGCAUACAACUAUAGAUGCAGAACUUCAUGUUGAAUGCGUAUUAUUCACCGUACUGCUGCUCAGUAUGUUGGUAGAUGUUAGGGACACCAGAAAUCAAACCCAACGGUGGCAAAAGGGAUACAGCAAAAGAACGAUAACGUUAAGAACCACUAAAAGCGUACCAAUUGUAAGGAUAAUUAUUGAAAAGACUGAUUAAGAGAACCUUGUUUGUUGUUACCUAAGGGGAUUGGGGACUUUGGAAAUGUGUACAGACGCGUAUUACGCGAGUGAAAGAGUGAAUCGCAAACGAUGUAGGAAAGUGUGUCCGGAUCCCAUUGGUGAAAUAUCAUUGGAUCGAGCUGCAUUCACACCAAACAACCCUUUUGGUCCCCCCUUUUUUCCCUUAAUUGAAGGCAUUUAGCGCAUGCCAGGCCGAUCGUUACGCAAAAGAUCCUUCCUAGAAAAAACAAGCCCUUUACGUUACCCGCGCAAAUACGCAAAGACUGAGUUUAAUAUUUACCACCUAUACAUCCUUUGACCAAGAUGGGCCGAAAGGACAGACCGAUUGGACGGACGCGGUGCUCCUGGUCAGUUGGCUGACACACACACACGCACGCACACCCAGUAGAGCACCCGCUGUAAGCAUGUAUUUAUUUUGUUUCUUUUCCUUUUUUGUCCCAUUAUUUUCCUGUUAUGAUUACAAAAAAAAACUGCGCUAAAACCUUAAUGUAAUAUUCCGGCAGGAUUCAUAUGUGACGGCACGGGCUACCCCCUUUUCGUGAGAGAGUGUGUGUGUAUGUGUGUGGAUGUAUGUGUUUGAAUGUCUGCAAUUUGUAUGUGUGUGCAUUUGUGUGUUUGUGUGCCCUUCGAAAUGUUGUUUAAAAUUCUCAAAAUAAUUAAAGAAAAAAAAAUGUGCUGGGCCGAUGCAAUAUCAUCACCUGUGUAGUAAAUCCACUGGAGCACAUGGAACACGCGGCGGAAGGCGGCCGCGAGCUGCCAGGACCUGCCAAUCCUCCAGUAUUUGCUAGGCCAGAAGAACUCGAACUCGCGGCAGAGUUGUAAAUUGUAUGUAUUUUUAGCUGCACCAUGCGUGUCCCAACCCACCUCCUUAUAAACGCCUCCCGCGCUAAUCCAAAAUUAAGUUUGUGAAAUAGUCAUUGAAUUACUAGAGUGCGGCAAGCAGUCAGGAAGGAAUCCUCUAGCGUAAACGAAUAGGAUAGUCGGAAGGAAGGGGCAGCAAGAGCAUGCUUCUCGUUAGUAAAAAUGGUUAAAUAAAAAUGAAAAUAAAAAUAAAAAUAAAACAAAAACAUACACUUUAUAAAACAAAACAAUUCACUGAAUAGAUGGAAAAGUCCUACCCGAUUAGAUUCGGUUGUGGAAUGCGGGGGAAGGGGAUGUUUAGGGGGAUGAUUACGGGUUUCAGGAUCAACCGAACGUUUAGAUGAAAGUUUAUGCAACUGUGUCAGAUGGGAGAACAGCAUCGAAACAGCAUAAGUAGCGUCGCAGGAAGGCAUAUCAGUGUUGUGGAAGAGUUGUGAACGUUUGUUACAGCAAUCGUUCGUGGAAUGUUGCACAGUCGAACCGCAACUCAACUCGGUAUAGCUGCAUUUGCAAACACAAAAGCAUAUGAGCAUGAACAUAAUAAAAACUUUGUAGAAACAUUAUAAAUAUCA